CCGGAAGCGUUCUGGUCCAGUGGAGUCGGGCGGGCGUGGGAAUCCGGGCUGGGCCAAGGCUGCCAGGAGGCAAGAUGGCGACUGGGCCAAAUGGGCUCGACGAGUGGGUGGGCAGCGCAUACCUGUUUGUGGAGUCCUCGCUGGACAAGGUGGUCCUAUCUGAUGCCUAUGCUCACGCCCAGCAGAAGGUUCCGGUGUACAGGGCUCUGCGGACUGCACUGACAGAGAGUGGCGGGAGCCCGGACGUGCUGCAGAUGCUCAAGAUCCACCGCAGCGAGCCGCAGCUGAUUGUGCAGUUGCGUUUCUGCGGGCGCCAGCCCUGCAGCCGCUUUCUCCGCGCUUACCGCGAGGGGUCGCUGCGCGCCGCGCUGCAGGGGUGCUUGGGGGCGGCUCUCGCCCUGCACUCGGUGCCGCUGCAACUGGAGCUGCGCGCCGGCGCGGAGCGGCUGGACACCUUGCUGACGGAUGAGGAGCGCUGUUUGAGUUGCAUCUUCGCUCAGAAGCCUGACCGGCUCCGGGACGAGGAACUCUCUGAGUUGGAGGACGCACUCCGGAAUCUGACAUGUGGCUCGGGGAGCCAGGGUGGCGACAUGGAGGUCGUUCCAGCGCCCUCGCAGUCCCUGGCCACCUCUCUCUCAGAGGAGAAGCCUCCGCCGCCGCUGCCGCCGUCUGGCCAGACUUUUCUGUUCCAGGGCCAGCCCAUAGUGAACCGGCCGCUGAGCUUGCAGGACCAACAGACGUUCGCGCGCUCAGUGGGUGUUAAAUGGCGCAAAGUGGGGCGCUCCCUACAGCGAGGCUGUCGUGCGCUGCGGGACCCGGCGCUCGACUCACUGGCCUAUGAGUAUGAGCGCGAAGGGCUGUACGAGCAGGCCUUCCAGCUGCUGCGGCGCUUCGUGCAGGCCGAGGGCCGCCGCGCCACGCUGCAGCGCCUGGUAGAGGCCCUUGAGGAGAACGAGCUCACCAGCCUGGCAGAGGACUUGCUGGGCCUCGCGAAUUCCGAUGGCAGUCUGGCCUAACCUGAGUACCAGAAAAAGGGGGGAUCGGCCAGUUGCCCAGCAGCGUUUGGAACACCUGGAUGACCCUAGGGUCCCUUCUGCUGCUAUUGCGGAGCUCCUGUCCAUCCACGGGACUCUGAGACCACACUGAUAACCCCACUUAGCCCACCUGUUGGAGCUGCUGGGUAGUGUUGACUGCCUUCUCCAGGAGUUGGGCAAGCACCCACCAUUCCUGUUGGGGUGCCACUGGGGAUUUGGCCCCAGAUACUGUGAUAUAGACAAAGUGCAUGGGUCACCUGCUCCAGCGGUCUGCCCAUCCCAAAUGAGGGGCUUCUGGCCAGCCCUUACCUCUUCACUCAUUGAACAACUAACUCAUUAAGCACUUGCUGUGUCCUAGCCAUCAUCCUGGGUGCUGCAAAUACUGUGGUGAACAAGAUACACGAAACCUGCCUGCCCCCAGUUCAUACUCAGUGUUGGACUGCAGAUUUUAAGCAACAGCAAUAAAAUAUUACCCGUUUUUUUAUGUGAAAA